CUCACUUAUACAAGAAUGGAUCCGAACGUGAACCUCAACGAAGACCACUCCGAGGGAGAUAGCGUGUCUCCCCAGCAACUUAAUGCGAACCAGAACCAGAAUGCCCCUCAUCAGGAAGCCCCGCACAGUGGACUUGCUGGGAUCCCGCAGAUGGAUCCUGCUCUCCUGAUGCAGCUCAUGCAACAACUGCUGAUCAUGAAUCAGAACGCAUUGGCUAGGCAGCCUGAGCCAAGGAUUACUUUGGAGAGAUUGAGGAAGAAUGGUGCUGAAGAGUUCCUCGGGGAGAACAUUGCUGAUCCGUUGGUAGCGUUCCGGUGGCUGGAGCGCGUACGUCGCGUGUUCGAGAACUUAAAGGUCCCCGUGGGUGAGUGGGCUGAUCUCGCUGUGAUGUUGCUGCAGAACAACGCGUAUGAGCGGUGGAAACGCACCACACGGAAUGCCGACCACCCUCCCCAGUUGACCCUUCCAGAAUACCGGCAGCUCUUUGAUCACCUGGCAGAGUUUGCUCAAGAUCUGGUGAAUACUCCAAAGAGACGAUUCGAUAGAUUUGUUAAGGGCAUGCGCAUGAACCUCCAGGAGGGUAUGUCUACGGCGUCCAGGCAAGACUUUGGCAUCAUGUAUGAGCAGGCUAAGGAGGUGGUCAGGACCCGAGAGGGAGCAAAGCUGGUAGUGGAGCAAAAGGCAAACAAGAUGCCGGUUCAGGUAGCCAGUGCUGGUAAGGCCUAUUCGGGGAAGAGACCUCUGAGUGGGUCUGGUAUUCAGUCGUCCAAGAAAGCCAAGUCAGGACUAGCUCACUCAGUGGCAUCCAGCAGCAAGACAAGGCCGUCAAAGCAUCCGAUGUGUGAAUCCUGUGGGAGGAACCAUCCAGGGGAGUGUUGGAGGAGUUUAGGGUUGUGCAUGGGAUGCGGACAGUCUGGGCAUUACAGGAGGGAUUGUCCUACUAAUCCUGGUCUUCCGUUCCCCACGGAUGCAGCAUCCACUCAGACGACGGCUCCCCGACCUGCCCAGAGUCAGCGUUCGACGGCCGGGUCUCAGCCACAGCGAGCCCCGCAACAGCGGCAGCCUCCUACACCACAUCAGCAGGGCAGGGCUCCAGCGAGGACAUACGCUAUGCAAGGGCGUGCCGAUCCUAAUCCUGACGCCAUACUUGGUAUGUUUACACUCUUUGGUUCGGAUUUGUUAGCAUUGAUUGACCCUGGGUCUACACUGUCAUAUAUAUGUGUUCCUUUGCCUGCUAAUUCUAUUGUCGCGAGAGGUCAGUUGGAGAGUCCGAUGCUGGUGUCCAAUCCCCUUGGGCACAGUAUGAGCCUACAUCACGUCUACCGACAAUGCCCUUUGACCGCGCGUGGGAAGAUCUUUCUCACAGAUCUUAUUGAACUUCCAUACAAGGAAUUUCACAUUAUCCUUGGAAUGGAUUGGCUUACCGAGCACCAGGCAGUCGUAGAUUGCAGUUCAAGGACCGUACGGUUGAGAGCACCGGAUGGAGACACAAUCAUGAUCGAUGGGGAGUUAUUUCCUAAGGCGCCUGAGUUUAUCUCUUAUAUGCAAGCCAAGAGAUUGGUCCGAAAGAAGUGUGAGGCAUUCCUAUGCACUGUGAAAGAUGUACGGAAGGAGCCACCUAGCCUUAAGGAUAUUCCUUCCGUACGUGAUUUUCCUGACGUGUUUCCUGACGAGCUACCAGAUCCGACUCAUCGGUUACCUGAAGGCGCGGUGACUCUGGAUGAGAACUUGACCUAUGAGGAGAAGCCAGUGCAGAUUUUAGCACGAGAAGUGAAAGAGUUGAGGAAUAAGCGGGUGCCUCUAGUCAAAGUCUUGUGGCGUAACCAUGCUGUCGAAGAGGCUACGUGGGAGACCGAGGAGUCCAUGAGAGUUCAGUAUCCUCACCUCUUCUGCGAUGAUGGUUCAGAUUGGAUUGGGGUUGUGUUGGGGGCUGUUUUCCGUUUAGAUUCAAUUGGGGCUGACCAGGUCGUGGGACCGAGUGUCCGGGGUGUUGGGCCGGUGGGUCCGGCUGUUAGACCGGCUGCAUUGGGCCGUUGGGCCGGCAGCGUUGGGCCGGUUGAGUGGGGCUGCCUGAACGGGCAACGGGUUGGGGCUGCCGGGUCCGUCCGGUUGUGAAUGAUACUGCUCCGGCGGGGGCAGCGGGCCCGAGGAUCGAUUCCUUGGUCUCAACUCCGUGUAGGUAAGUUGGGUUAAUUGCAAUUCGGGUUGUUUGAUUAUGCAUGACGGUAAUCGCGGGUCUUUGGCCCGGAUAGGCCGCUACGUGACUUGUUGUGAAUUGUGAACUGAGAUUUAAAUUAAAUUGAUCUUGUUGGU